CAAUGUAGGGUCUUAUCAUGCUUUUUGAUUUUUGCCAAUCUGAUGCGUGAGAUUGUUGUAUAUCAUUCCGGCCUCAUUUCGUAUUUAUUUCUCAUGAGUAAGGUCGAACACCUGUUCCAAAUGCUUGAAAACUGUUUCUGUUUUAUGUUGGUGACCUGUAUUUCAAAUCAUUUGCCCUUUUCUGUUUCCCUUGUGGAUUAUUAGUCCCUUAUCUGGCCCCUUCCAGCAUGGCCUGUCUGCGUUAUAUGGACACUUGACACUGGGAUCAGAUAACCGAACCUGCCUGGCUAGCUUGAGAUUGAGCCACACGCUCCUUAUUGUCAGAGUGAAAACCUAGGUGCAAGAGGAAAGGAGGUGAGUCUUGACAACAAACUACAGAUCACCGUUGCUCUUUGGCAAGUGCAUUGUAGGGAAUGUUCCUCAGAUAGGUUAAUGCAGAUAGAAUUGAGACCUGUUGGACCCUGGAGUCCAUUAGCUCAGGGAUAUCUUUUGUAUGGUCUCAUUUUUAUCCCUUACUGAUUUGAGGACAUACGAGGAAAUUUGGCUGUUUGCUACAGCCAAGUGGAUUUGAAGCCCCUCUAUGGGAGUUUUCUAAGCAAUGACCCUACUGGGUCAUCUGCUAGUCCAGGCCUCCCAACUUCAGCAAUUUAACACAACCAAUGGGCAUCUUCACCUCCGUGACUAAUGUGGGUGCUCCUGAUGGGCAGACCCUCAAGUUUCCUGUCAGGGAUGCAGGCUUCUUUUGUCUGUGUCUCUCCCUUAUUCAGUCCCCAGAGCCCUCCACUGGGUUCUGGGUCCUCAGCCAGCAGAGGGGAAACGAGACAAGAGGAUUAUUUAUGGUAGGGUUUCAUGGGUCAGAUGCUUCACUGGCCAGAACUCAGUCUGAGGCUAGGUGUUGGGGACCAGAGCGUGUCCCGGGUGGUCUGUCCUGACCCCAGUGCUUGAAGUGCUUGUUCUUUUAGUGUGGGACUUGUAAGUUCUCAAAGAACUUACUGCUUUUCUAAAGUGUGCUCUCUUUGCAUCCAUUGAGAGCUCUGUGAAGGACAUAAGGUAAAUGUUUUUAACUCCUAUUUGGAGUCAAGGAGGCGGCAGCCCAGGGAGGUGAGGUCCCACACAGGUGAGGCACUUAGAUGUGGUCACAGGUGCAGGCAGAGCAGGUGCAGGAACGAAGCUCUCACCUGGCUGUCCUUUCCAAAUGACUCAAGAGCAGUCACCCACUCUGGGCAAGCCCGGCAAGCCCACCCCUGCCCACUGUCUGGCACGGAGACUGUAGGGGCUGGCCACAGUGUGUCCUCUACCCUUGUGUGUGAUGACCAGGAAGGUGUCUCUUGCCUUUUGUAAAUAGCAGCCAAGUGACAAAGGGUGACAGUACUGCUACUAGUAGGAACACCUCGUAGACUUGGCAAAGUCUCCUUCGUAGGACAGAAUCACCGUAAAACUAGCCCCUUUAGUGGUACUGUCCCUCACCUUGACUUUGACCAUCACCUUUUCCAUAUAAUUUGCAUGGUACACUGCCAUUGAAAUUGAGGCUCUCUGCUUCACACUUCCACUCCUUUUAUUUAAUUAUUUUAAAACAUCUGAUGCUGCAGUGAGAUCAACAUGCGAGCUGUGAAAUCUCAUCUGUUCUAUUUUGAGCAGCAGGGAAACAAAUGUGGGAUACUGUUGACUCCCCUCUGGGUAAGGAAUGUGCCUCCAAGAGCCCAUUGAAUGGACGGAACCAAGACCGCUCUGGGCACACUUUGGAUGCCUCCUCUUUCAGGGUGGACACCUGGGUUUCUUGCAGUGCAGAUUCGUUGAACUAACCUACAGAGAUAGAAUAUUAGGUGGUUGUGUGGAUUGUCAUGGUAGCAAAGAAGCACCAGGCACCAGAAUGAAGACGAGGCAUCAAAAGUCACUCCUAACUGAAUGGUUGCUGAAUGUGGUUUUCUUAUCUGUGCAAAAGAUAACAAUUCUUAGAAGGCUCACACAAAAUAAUGUGUAUAAAGAAGUGCUUUGUAAAUGAAAAGCCCUCUGCAAUGUACUUAAUGUAUUAAUAGUAACAAUUGUCAUUUGCAUCCUGGUGAUUCACUCGAAAUAGGAGACCAUUGCUGCUACCAUCACUACCCCACAUUGUACAUCAAAGCUGCAAUUAUCAUGUGUAAUUUCACUUGAUACUAAAUGAUCAUGGAAUGUUAGGACUGGAAAGAGUCUUGGGGCUUAAUUAAUCCAACCAUGUUACUUUGUAGAGGUGAAACUGAGACCUGGAGGGGGGAGAUUUGUCUGAGAUUUCUAGACCCAGGGUGUCAGUUCUGCAAAGUGGGCUGUCUGUUUUUUGGGUUAUGCUGUCCUGUCCUUCUGAAGAGUCUAAACACUGAGAGCUUUGGGUGGGACAUUUAUCCCUAGUCAUUAGGUGGAGUUGUAACUCUGACUCACAUCUGCUUGCUCACACUGACCCCCACUCUGGCCUUCACUGCUCAAAACUCUGGGAAAACUUGGACAGGUCUUGGGGUGAUGCUCAGAGCAAUGGGUACAGGGUCCAAUAGAGAAGUUAAUGGGAGAUGAAGUGGUUUGCUGGCAAGAAAAGGAGAUCAGGGCAGUUGCAAAGCAGGGCGCAGACUGCCCAUGCCCUGGUCAUUGUCGGAUCCUACCCCCUGUGCAUUCUCUGACUGUCCUCUCAGGGGGUGCCAGACUCCAGAGACCACCCACCCACCUCAGCGAGAAGACUGAGGGUGCCUGGCAAUGCUUUACAGAGGGCAGUCUUAAUCUAGAUGGAAGCCAGGGUUGAAGUCCUGGCAAGACUGAGUUUAGCGUCAUAUUUAUUGCAAACCCUCUGACGGGCCCUUUUACACCUCGAGGCCUUGCUCACAUGUCACCUGCUACAUGGGGCCUAUGGGAAUUCCUUAUUUGAACUUGAGUCUUGAAUACCCCAUGCCCCCCAACACACACACACACACACACACACAUACACGUGCGCACACACACACACACACGUACAUUGACCUAUGUUUCUGGAUAGGAUUCCAGAAAUUAUUAUAGAGGUUUCUUCCUUACUUUUGGCCCAGCUUCCCCUACCAUUCAUGUCUUCUCUAACCAUAGAGUGGGGCUGGAACCCCAGAAGUGAAUGGUGGGAUAACACUGUUCAUGAAACCAUGACCUUUCAAUGUUACACGUGGCUCCUAAUAUUCUCUUUCUUUUCCAGGAUCCAGCUCAGAUCCACACUGCAUUAGCCCAUCAUGGGUCUCCUUCAUCUGUGACAAGACUUUGUCUUUCAUGACUGACAUUCGCGAGGAGCACUGUUUAGUUGUUUUUGUAGAAUAUCCUCAAAUUUGUGUUUGUCUGUUGUUUUCUUAUAGCUUAUACAGACUGAUUUUAUUUAGUGCUUACUGAGUGUUUCCUGGAACUGCAUCACUGGCUCCCUCAGAGCAAGCAUACUCAUCUGUCUGGUUUACUCCAACCCCUUCUAGGAGACUGCCUGGCACACAAGCUCAGUCAGUUUUUGCCAAGUGUACAGAUGCAUGAGAGAUCCUGACCUGACCUGACCUGAAGUGAGAGACGCACAGAGCAGCAGGGCACUGCUGUUGCCUGGGUGGGGUCCGGUUGGGUGUGCCCUGAAGCCCCUCCCCACACUCAGACUCUGUAUAACCCAUUGGAAUGUGAUGCAUCAGCUCCAGUUCAUGAAAUUCCACAGGUAUUAGCUUUCCAUGGAAAGCCCAGGGUGCUGGACUAGGUGGGGGUUUUGCUGGGCACCUGGGAUGCAAGCACUGAAAAUGAAUUUACAUUCCCUGUGGAUCAAGGGCCCAGGGAAAGGCCCAGGGAGAGCCAGUGGCUGUGCUGUGAGAGUGUUCUAGAAUUUGGAGCCUAGAUCGGCAGCUCCCAAACUCCAGCCUGCUUCAGAGUCACCUAGUAGACUUUGUUUAAACACAGAUUGUUGGGUCUCAUAGCAGUUUCCAUUCACCUGGUCUGGGAUGGGACCCAAGAGCUGGCAUUUUGAGCUGCUUUCCAGUUGGUACUGAUGCUGCUAAUCUUGUGACCCCACUUUGAGAACCACUGCUCUAUACGUUCAGUGGAGAAACAGGUUGCUGGUAAUUUGCAAGAGCCAGGAAGGCUUCAUGGAGGAGGAGGCUAGGUUUGAAUGGGUAGGAUUUACACAACUGGGGGUGGGUCUUGAAUCAUGCAUAGCUGUCUUUCUGGUGUUACAUGCAGUCUCUGCUUUUGUCAUCUUGACCUAUGAUCUCACUGCGGCCAUGUCCAGCCACCAUGGUACCAUGAGCAGUCUUGGCUGAGAGAAUCUGAGCCCCUUAAAGAGGAGGCUGACUAACUCUUUGAUGGGAGUUGACCUUGGCUGGCUAGGUCGAAGUCACUCUGAGGCCUGGACGAGUCUUGCAUUGUACAGGCUGUCUAAACGUGUUUAUUUGCCUGGGCCUCGCUUGCCGAAUGCUGGCAUUGUUUGAGGUGUCGCUGUUGGGCUUCGUGGCUCUAUUUCUGUUUUCCCGUCUGGCACCAGCUCAGUGGGGGCAGAUGAGGUGUGUGGCCACCCUUGCUUUCUUCCUGGCUCCAUGUUCUUCUUGAGGCCAGUACUUGGGUAAAGAAGCACAUUUGAGUUUCAUAGAGUUAUCUGCCAUGGAAGCAGAUGGGGCUCUUUCCGGAGAGUGAAAUUUUGUGGAGGAAGAAAAUGUUUAGGAAGGUAAAGAAUGAAAUGUUUGGACUUAGCAUGACUACUGGUGGUAGAAAUGUUUACGUGUGUGUAUGUAUGUCUGUGUGUGUUUAAGCUUCCAAAAUCAUUUAGGAAUUUUUACUCCUUUAAGUGAUACUAAAAAAUCAGAUACGAGGGGAAGCACCAGGAAGCUUAGGAGAAGCCGCGUUGUUUGCACAGUUGGAAGACUCUGGGCAGGAAGGCAGCAUGGUGUCCAAACCCUAGUUUUGGAACAAGAGGAAUACUGGUGUGCCUCUGGUUCUGCCCUGACAUUUUAACUGAGACCUAGAAAAACUAAGUGACUUGCUCGCUCACAUGUCACCUCAACUAUUCCUGGCCAAGCCACAUUGCUCUUUCUUUCCUUUGUGCUUCAAAAUUGUUUGUUUAUAAUGUACCUUUCUGAUUUUAUUAAGAAUGGGUUUGUUUUAACCAUUAGAUCAGGGAUCAGCAAAUUAUAACUGCAGGUCUAGUCUGGCCCUCUGACUGGUUUUGUAAAUAAAGUUUUAUUGGAACACAGCCAUACCCAUUUGUUGAUGUAUUGUCCAAGGCUGUCUUUGCAGGUUGAGUUGGUGCUGUAAAGAGAGAGUGGCCUGCACAGCUUAAGAUUUUGACUGUCUGGACCUUUUUGUCAACUCUUGCACUAGAUGGAGAGCUUCUUGAGGGCCAAAAUGAGUUUCUUUUUCUUAUCUUCUGUUUCUUGCUCAUAACAGAUGCUCAGUAAAUAUAUUAGUUGGAAAUGCAGUGGUUUGAUGUGUUUUGUCUGUCAGAUUGAGUGUGCAGGGCUGCAGCCUGUUCUCCAGGUUUUUAUUCAUGGUUGGACCACUCUGUGCCCCAGUUUUGUCUCUUUAGAAAGCAGAUAAUAUUGUUUGCCUUGCUCAGUUCAUCGAUCUGUGGUGAGGAUAGAACAGGAUAUUAAAAUAUCUCACUAGAACUGUGGUUUCAGCUUUGGGUCUUCCUGACGAAUUUCACCCAGCUUAUCGCUGGGUUAGACACUCUCUUGCUUCCUUGCCAUCAGCUUUUCAGUGGCUGCCUUUUGCCUCUAGGCUAAAGUACCCACCAUCUGUCAUACAUUACCUUUCUUACCUCAACCUGGGCCUGUCUUGAUCUUUCAUUCCUCCAUUGCAAUCCAGAAUCUUCUGCAUUAUUCCCUUACUUAUCUAUUGCACCUUUGCCUAGGACUCCACCCCACCAUCCCUCUUUCUGCUUCUCUGGUGUCUGUCCCUUGCAUGCUCCUCUUAUGUCUGACCUUGCUGGAGUUCUUUGACAUUGGCCAACAUGAGUGACUAUCUCAUGUUUUUUUCUUGUAAUUUUUAAAUCCUUACGGGUGCUUGUUAAAAAUGAGACUUCAGAUUUAUGGGAAUGGAGUCCCCAUUGGUGAGAUCCAGGCCUCUUUGUUUUGUUUUUUAACAAGCUCCUAGUAUGGUUGUGAUCGAAGUUGGAGGAACACUAAGUUAAUGUAGAGUGCUUUGUAGUGGUAUUCAUCUUUUUUAUGGGACUCUUCAAAUAAACGAGACACAUCUUGAGGGCAGAUCCGGGUCUCUCCCUCUCCUCCCCACCACCACCCCAGAGUAGCACAUAUAUGUGGAGAUAGGGUUGUGAGAUGAUUUGUCAGUGAGAUUAUCUCUUGCAUCAGCCUGACAUCUGGAGGUGCUCAAUAAAUAUUUGCUUGUUGAUUGAUACAAGAUGAUAAAAGGGCUCUGGAAAGCAAGGCAGCCCUGCCAAGUAGGGAAUUAUUGUCAGGAGCAGGAACACCUUGUGCUUUUUAUGGGUUCUGCUAAAGUCCUUAAGCUCUGGACUCUAGGCAGCCCAGAUAGAGAAAGUCGCCCACCCCUGAGAAACAGUCACCAGACGGAAUCCCGUGUGCUUCUCUAGCCCUGUUCUCUCUCCAUCUCCCCAGUCUUCUGCCAAAAGGAUCCUCCCUCUGCUUGGGCUUAUCACAAUAAUGCAAAGCCAUAGAAGUGCAUGUUGAUGGGUGAAGUUUGUUUGAACACUUAAGAUUGUAGAAGAGGGUUUAGCUUGUGUAAUGAGUUUUGCUUUCCCAUUAAAAAUACUCGAAGAGAAGUGCAAAUGUUUCAUCUCUGCCCAGUGGGUUAUGCUGCCUGUUUAUACAAGCCUGUACCCUGCAGCCUCAGAAAAGACUUCUUGAUUUCUUCAGGGCAUGACUGUACAACCUUGGUGUUGAGUCUCCAAGCAGACACAGUAAUGAGGCCUCAUGUCUCCUUUCCAGUUACGCAACAGCAAAGUUAUAUUUCAGAAAAAAUAAUUUCAAAUGGUGUUCUGUUUAGAACAUGAAGAUGCUGUCAUUUUAUUGCGCAGAGACCACCCAUCAAGGUUGUAAACCUGGGUCCCAGUCAGGGCUCUCUCUGGAAUAGAAAAUUCUCUGUCUGUAAUGGAAAGAGAUAAAACAAUAAAAGCAGGUAAAAUGAAAUAAAUUCAGAGCUGAGAGUCACUAGUGAAGGCCAGUUUAGGAGAAGACUCUGUACUUAGAAAUUUACAGUCAUCUAAGCAUGUGUGUGAACAGAGGCUUUGGCAAAUAUGAAUUCUGCUGGCUUCAUAUAAAACCUUUCUUCCAUUGUUUCACUGUCAGUGUGUUUUAUGUAGGGAAAAAAAAUGUAGGUCUUAGAAUUUAUUCUCUUCUUCCUUCAUGAUUUUCUUCCAUUAAUAUUAGACUUAAUUAUUCCAAUUUAUUAUACUGGAGACUUACUGCUUCAUUUAAAAAGUUGAAUGGAUUAUUAGCUUCUUAAUAAACAAUAGCAUUUACUAUCUACUGAUGAGGACUCAAAUCAGUUAAUUUAUUACUGCAUGUCUGUUUUAUUGACGAAAUGGAACAAAAACUAUUACCUACCAGAAACUGAACUUGUUGACGAUGUUCCUAGGAAUGUGGACAUUGAAGGUGGCCUGUGUGAGGUCCUGGCUGUGAAGUCAUAUGGAGCAGAAGAUGUGAGGCUUUUUAUUUGGUGACUCAGGAAGCCUGUAAGCCUCUUUAGAAGACUUGGCAUCUAAGCUCAUCCUUCGAGAAUAUGCAUGUUGUCAACAGAUGAAAGAGGUGAAGGAAACAUUAAAAAGGAGGCCCAGAAGAUUAAUAAUGGCUCCAGCCAGGCAGAUGGCACACUCAAGCCAGUGGAUGAAAAGGAGGAGGCGGUGGCAGCCGAGGUCGGCUGGAUGACCUCCGUGAAGGACUGGGCGGGGGUGAUGAUAUCUGCCCAGACACUGACUGGCAGAGUCCUGGUUGUCUUAGUCUUUGCUCUCAGCAUUGGUGCACUUGUAAUAUACUUCAUAGAUUCUUCAAACCCAAUAGAAUCCUGCCAGAAUUUCUACAAAGAUUUCACAUUACAGAUCGACAUGGCUUUCAACGUGUUCUUCCUUCUCUACUUUGGCUUGCGGUUUAUUGCAGCCAAUGAUAAGCUGUGGUUCUGGCUGGAAGUGAACUCUGUAGUUGAUUUCUUCACAGUCCCUCCAGUGUUUGUGUCUGUGUACUUAAACAGAAGUUGGCUUGGUUUGAGAUUUUUAAGAGCUCUCAGACUGAUACAGUUUUCAGAAAUUUUGCAGUUUCUGAAUAUCCUUAAAACAAGUAAUUCCAUCAAGCUGGUGAACCUGCUCUCCAUAUUUAUCAGCACGUGGCUCACAGCAGCUGGGUUCAUCCAUUUGGUGGAGAAUUCAGGGGAUCCAUGGGAAAACUUCCAGAACAACCAGGCUCUAACGUACUGGGAAUGUGUCUACUUGCUCAUGGUCACCAUGUCCACUGUUGGUUAUGGGGACGUUUAUGCAAAAACCACACUUGGGCGCCUCUUCAUGGUCUUCUUCAUCCUCGGGGGACUGGCCAUGUUUGCCAGCUACGUCCCUGAAAUCAUAGAGUUAAUAGGAAACCGCAAGAAAUACGGGGGCUCCUAUAGUGCGGUUAGUGGAAGAAAGCACAUAGUGGUCUGUGGACACAUCACACUGGAGAGUGUUUCCAACUUCCUGAAGGACUUUCUGCACAAGGAUCGGGAUGAUGUCAAUGUGGAGAUCGUCUUUCUUCACAACAUUUCCCCUAACCUGGAACUUGAAGCUCUGUUCAAACGACAUUUUACUCAGGUGGAAUUUUAUCAGGGUUCAGUCCUCAAUCCACAUGAUCUUGCCAGAGUCAAGAUAGAGUCAGCAGAUGCGUGCCUAAUCCUUGCCAAUAAGUACUGCGCUGACCCUGAUGCUGAGGAUGCCUCCAACAUCAUGAGAGUCAUCUCCAUAAAGAACUACCAUCCGAAGAUAAGAAUCAUCACCCAGAUGCUACAGUAUCACAACAAGGCCCAUCUGCUAAACAUCCCAAGCUGGAAUUGGAAAGAGGGUGAUGAUGCAAUCUGCCUCGCAGAGCUGAAGCUGGGCUUCAUAGCCCAGAGCUGCCUGGCCCAAGGUCUCUCCACCAUGCUCGCCAACCUCUUCUCCAUGAGGUCAUUCAUAAAGAUUGAGGAAGACACCUGGCAGAAAUACUAUUUGGAAGGAGUCUCAAAUGAAAUGUACACAGAAUAUCUCUCCAGUGCCUUUGUGGGUCUGUCCUUCCCUACUGUUUGUGAGCUGUGUUUUGUGAAGCUCAAGCUCCUAAUGAUAGCCAUUGAGUACAAGUCUGCCAACCGAGAGAGCCGUAUAUUAAUUAACCCUGGAAACCAUCUUAAGAUACAAGAAGGUACUUUAGGAUUUUUCAUCGCAAGUGAUGCCAAAGAAGUUAAAAGGGCAUUUUUUUACUGCAAAGCCUGUCAUGAUGACAUCACAGAUCCCAAAAGAAUAAAAAAAUGCGGCUGCAAACGGCUUGAAGAUGAGCAGCCAUCAACGCUGUCACCAAAAAAAAAGCAACGAAACGGAGGCAUGCGGAACUCGCCGAGCUCCUCGCCCAAGCUGACGAGGCAUGACCCCUUGUUAAUUCCCGGCAAUGAUCAGAUUGACAACAUGGACUCCAACGUGAAGAAGUACGACUCCACAGGGAUGUUUCACUGGUGUGCUCCAAAGGAGAUAGAGAAGGUCAUCCUGACCCGAAGUGAAGCCGCCAUGACCGUCCUGAGUGGCCACGUGGUGGUUUGUAUCUUUGGCGAUGUGAGCUCAGCCCUGAUUGGCCUCCGGAACCUGGUGAUGCCACUCCGUGCCAGCAACUUUCAUUACCACGAGCUCAAGCACAUCGUAUUUGUGGGCUCCAUUGAGUACCUCAAGCGAGAAUGGGAGACACUUCAUAACUUCCCCAAAGUGUCCAUAUUGCCGGGUACGCCAUUAAGUCGGGCUGAUUUAAGAGCCGUCAACAUCAACCUCUGUGACAUGUGCGUUAUCCUGUCAGCCAAUCAGAAUAAUAUUGAUGAUACUUCGCUGCAGGACAAGGAAUGCAUCUUGGCGUCACUCAACAUCAAAUCUAUGCAGUUUGAUGACAGCAUCGGGGUCUUGCAGGCUAAUUCCCAAGGGUUUACACCUCCAGGAAUGGACAGAACUUCUCCAGAUAAUAGCCCUGUGCACGGGAUGAUACGCCAGCCGUCCAUCACAACCGGGGUCAACAUCCCCAUCAUCACAGAACUAGUGAAUGAUACUAAUGUUCAGUUUUUGGACCAAGAUGACGAUGAUGACCCCGACACAGAACUGUACCUCACACAGCCAUUUGCAUGUGGGACAGCAUUUGCCGUCAGUGUCCUGGACUCACUUAUGAGUGCGACGUACUUCAAUGACAAUAUCCUCACUCUGAUACGGACCCUGGUGACGGGAGGAGCCACGCCAGAGCUUGAGGCUCUGAUUGCGGAGGAGAAUGCGCUUCGAGGGGGCUACAGCACGCCCCAGACGCUGGCCAACAGGGACCGCUGCCGCGUGGCCCAGCUAGCACUGCUGGAUGGCCCCUUUGCAGACUUGGGGGAUGGUGGUUGUUAUGGUGAUCUGUUCUGCAAAGCUCUGAAAACAUAUAACAUGCUUUGUUUUGGAAUUUACCGGCUGAGAGAUGCUCACCUCAGCACCCCCAGCCAGUGCACAAAGAGGUACGUCAUCACCAAUCCCCCCUACGAGUUUGAGCUCGUGCCGACGGACCUGAUCUUCUGCUUAAUGCAGUUUGACCACAACGCCGGCCAGUCUCGGGCCAGCCUCUCCCAUUCCUCCCACUCGUCUCAGUCCUCCAGCAAGAAGAGCUCCUCCGUUCACUCCAUCCCGUCCACGGCAAACCGACAGAACCGGCCCAAGUCCCGGGAGUCCCGAGACAAACAGAACGCAAUGAGGCUGUGCUGCUGCUACUGCUAGAUCCCUUAGAGUUUGUCUUGGUGUUCUUGGGUUUGGGGUUGGGUCAUUUGGGGGAACUUCUCUCCAUCUGGCUUGCCUUUAAAUCUGCACGUGGCCUUCCUGCCCACCUUGGUACCUUGCUCCAAGUCCAAAAGCAUUUUCCCAUCAAGAAACCCAGCUUCCUCCACUUCCCCCCAUUACCACCACCCCAACCAGUGCCCCAUCAGUCUGUCCACAUCUCUGUGUUUAUUUUGGCAAGAUCUACUAAAUCGAGUAAUGAUGCCAGGUGAUAAACUUUUCUGGAGAACGUUGACAGCUAUUCUAUUUGGCAAACCUGCUUCUCAGUUAAUAUUUUACCCUCCUUUUGAUUAAAACCAGGAGGGUUAUUAAUGGCAGAAGCAUUGGUCUCCUUUAUGUUUGAGCAGUAAGACCCCAAAUUAAAACUGUUCAGCCCACACCCAGUUAUCUGGGGGCGACGAAUCAGUCUCUAUCACCCAUGUUUCUCUUGCCACCUGCCUUUCAGACAUUUGUUGAAUCCCAACCAGAGAUUGGGCAGAUAGAAGUAAAUUCAAAAUGUGUUUUAUAUACAAUCUGUUAUCAGCUCUAUGAAUGAUAUUGUGGUGGGAAUGGAGUGGGAACAGACUGUGACAUGAGAUGAAAUUUCAGGAUUUUCCUCAGGCUUCAGGCACACAAAUGAGAGUUGACUUUACUUAGUACAUAUAUGAUAUAGUCAAUGUUUGAAAAGGUAUUAUUAUUUCUAUUUUAUUAGCCAAAACUGCUGUAUUAUAUACUUACCUCAGUAGAAUGAAGAGUCUCCUCCAGUGUUUUCGAUGUGACCUCAAACUAGCCAUUCCUUUCAGGUUCUUUUAGGAAGAAGGAAUAUACAAGUUUCUCAUUUUAUGUUUCACUCCUCCCUUCCCCAUCCAAAAAAAAAACCAAACAAACAAACAAAAAAAAAAAACCGCAAAGACAGACGUAGGUAAAGGUAGUGAGUAAAAGAGUUGAGGAGAAAGAAUGUACAUUUAAAAAGAAAACAGCUAGGAACUCGAUUAUCUGCACCAUUCUAGAAGAGAAGCAAUUUGUAAGCCAUUCAGUCCAAUUUGCUUUAGACUUUGAAAGAGGUGAAACUUGAGCACAUGGGUAGACCCAGUGAUGCCUCAGCCUCAGUAGUCAGAUAAUCAUGAAAUCAUCAACAUCCCUGAUGACUGCUGCCUAGGGUCCUUCCUGCCGCCAAUUCCAAUGGGCAGAGAAAACAGAGACCUUCUACAUACAGCUAAAUUUCUACUAUAAUUGGGAGCAAUUUAAAAUUCUGUUAUGAGUAUUAGAGGUUAUGACCCAGAACCUUACUCAGAAUAGGUGCUCAGUAAAUGCUUUAAAAUAAAUUGACCUUAAAGUAUUUUUAUACCUUCAAUCAUUGAAUACAUUCUCCUUACUUUUGGCUGAUCUUUAAAAUAAGUCACAACAAAUGUCUGUAGGUGCUUCACGAUGCAGCUGUGCUGUUGACAAUGUCUCUAGCCAGGUACACAGCCUCUGAGAAAGGGGGCAGUCCUGUAAGAUCAGUGAGCAGACAGAUGGACUAUGCCUCCUGCCAGCAUUGUCAAGAUCCCAGAUGACCAAAAACAAAAACAAACAAACAAACAAACAAACAAAAACCAACACUUUCACUGGCCCUUCUUCAGUUUGGGAAAAGCCUAAAGGUGUCUGCAUCCCAAUAGAGGCAAUUAAAUCAAUCUGUCAGGUUCCUAUAACAACAGGACCCUGACAGAGAGUUCAGAAGCUUUAGGACCUGUGGAAAUCAGGACAGGGGAAAAAUUAAUGCUUCAGUCAGCCCCUUUUCAGCCCAUCCCUACUUUGCCAUACAAUGAAGUUAGGAGAUGUUGUGGGUCCCUGUCCCUGUGUUAUCCUCAGGAGGUUGUACAGUCACUACAUAGGUAGGUGAGAGGGAUUAUCCCCAAUUACCCCAGAGGUUGGAGUGAAAAGUCUGCUCUCUGGUUGAUGUUGGCCAGACUGAGGGCCACAGAAGAGGGCCAGGAGGGGGCAGUUCCUUCUGUCCAGUGAAUGACAGCAUUAGACUUUGAGUUAAGAGACAGAUGGAGUCAUGAUGAACAUUUGCAAAGAAGUGAGAACAUUCCCUUAAUCAAACUGCUCUGUUUCUGGCAUAAAUGACUUCCAUUUUUAUGAAAUAGCCACACUUUGCCUGUGGAGCGGAAAGGAGGCAGCAUGUGUGGGUGGGGUCCACCAGAGACCCCAGGGUCUGCCAGCAGAGGGUGAAUGCUGUAUCUGGGAAAUGUGAAAUGUGAAACCACACAGUGCUGCCUUUGAGGGUUUCUGCUUCUUGUUAGUUCUUACUCUUCUCAACUGCUAUCUCUAUCCAAAUGGAAUCUUUUCGUUUCAAGCCUUUUCUUUCUAAACCUCAGCUUGUGGUGCAGAGAGAUGAGGGCCAAUUAUUCCAAAUGCCUUUGCUGUAUCAUCAUCUCCCCAUUAACGUGCUCUUCUCUGGGGAGUGGUUAUGUGAAAAGGCUAAAUCCCACAGCACUGACAAAUCACAGAACUAGUAAAGAGGCUCAGUUUGCACAGAGAAGCCCGAUUCUUUCUCUGCUUCUGGGAGCCAGCAGCUCAGUCAGCCCAGGUCUGGGAGCCCUCCCCACGAUAGCCCAUGCCUCCAGGAUCCCUAGUGGCUGAAGGAAGGCCUGAUGCUUAUUUGGGAACCUUUGAACUCAGUGAUGAAAGUAGCUGAAGGUAUGCAAAUGGGGUAGGACACCUGUCAAGCCAACAUUCAGAGACACAGGUACUCGAUGGGGGUAGUAGUGCUGAAAGCCCCAGACAGAACACUUGGUCACCCCUUCCUUCCUCACCUUCCACACCAACCAAAUCCUCUGUUAUCACUAUUGCCAAAUCCCCAUUCUUCAAGUCAGCACCUUGAUUUAUACAGCUCAGUUCUCCACCCCCAGCUUAUUUGCAAUCACACUAAAGGUACGGCCUGUGCUCACCUAGUCCUUCAGUCCUGACAGUACUCAUUAACAUGAACCUUGCAUUAGAAGCUAACCCCUUAGUGCUUGCCUUGGGCCAGGCACUCUUCUAAGCUCUUUACUUAUAUGAAUGCAUUCAAGUCCUCAGCACCACCUCAGAUGAGGAUGCUUUAGCAUCUCCAUUUGAAAGUUGCAGAAAGGACAGAUUCUUGUUCAAAAUUACCCCUCCAGGAAGUCGCACAGUGGAAUUUAAAACUAAAGUCUGUGAACUUUGCCACUAUGCUAAAAUGCCUGCUGAUAUUACUGAUAAUACUAAUAGUCUCAAUAUCUCACAUUUACAUUAAUGUUUUUGAACCUGUGGUAAGUCUUCAUGGCCACUAGUCCCUUUAAUCCAAACAAUGUUAGGCAGUUCCUAUCAUUAGCUUCAGUUUACAGAAAAGAAACUGAAGCUAAGCUAAAUUAUGUGAUGACUUGCAGCUAGCAUGUGAGACAAUCAUCCUGGCUCUUUGCCAUCUCCAUGGUCUCCACCACAGCUCACGGCAUGGCUGGUCCUUGGUAGGUGACAUCUCCAACGGCAGCCCUUUAACCAGCAUGUCUGCUGUUAUUGUCCAGCUCUUAGCUUGUUCCACUAGCCCAUUUGCCUCAGACUGUGAAAUCUCUCUCUCCUAACUCCACUAAUGUUGUGCAAAAGAAACUUCUGGCAGGCCACGCAUUGUACCUACAGUGAUGGCAUCGCGCAUCUCAUGCGCAAGAAGCUUACCAACAAAUGGGGCUAUUUUUCUCUGGCAGUGAGGAUGUCCUCAUAGCCAGAUCCAUUGUCCUUCUCACCUUAGGAAUGACAAUAAAGCUCCCCCAAAUCUUUCUGGCAUGUGGAGUGAGGGAGGGAGAAGAGAAAAAGUCAGGAUUUGGAUUUAUCCUGAAUCACUUUAGCACUUAUUUGAAUUCCUUCUUGACUACCCUUCCUUAUGCUGAUUUUGUAGCCACCCAUUGGCAAAAUUUCCUUUCUGGAAGGCAAGAUUCAAUAAAGAAAGGCAUCAUUGUCAUAACUGACACACUGUCCAUUGCAACCCAAUGGCUAGGAAUAGUUAAUGUGUGCAUUUCUUCAAAACCUUUUGGGAGAAUCUUCAUAAAAUACCUUUGUCUCCAGGCCUUUUGGUUAAAUGCUCUGAGCAUUAAUAUCUAUUUGCUGAACAUCCUCUCAAACCAAAUCUCCAAGAACACAUAUAUUUUACAAGCCACUCAAUUUUUUUUUUUUUUUUAAAACCUGUUUCUCUGGCAUAAUGAAAGCCUAAGCUCAUCACUAGGACAUGACUUCUUAUGUUGAACUGGAUGGCGAAAGCACAAGGGCUACUCUGCUUGGAUUUUUUUUUUUUUAUGGCAAGAAAUUUAAAAGGAAAGAGAAAGGACCUUAAAUGGGAAAAUAAUGCUCUCUUUCUUACAGACAGCAGAAGGAAAUUGAUAUUCUCUCUGCCUCGAAAGGUCAAAAUGCCAACUUUGAAUUGAACUGUAAAGACUAAAUUCUGAACAAUUAUUCUCUGCAGCAGUUGUAAAAAUUUCAGCAAAUUGCAGCUGUCUUAGGUCUUUCACCCAAAAGACCUACUCAUUUCCAUCAGCAGAGUUUACUCUCCCUUCCAACCUGGCAUGACCAACCUAGCACUAAAUCCCUUUGCAAAAUCAGCCCACAAAAUGGCAACGCCAAACCAAGGGCAGCUCAGGCAAAAGGCACAGAUGCGGGGUUCUGUUCUUCUGAAAAUCGUCUUUACACAAAACCAUUGGAAAAAGUCGUAGUUUAAAAUUGUUUCAGCGGCCUGGCAAUGCUUUUAAAACAUGAUAACCAUCAUACUUUACUCCUCUCUGAAAGGUUAGUUUAAUCGUAGAUCACAAAAAAUUGGUUUCCACAAAUGCAUAAUGGUUCAUCUAUGUCACACUUGAACUAAAUGGUUUUUUAAAUGGAGCUGAAAUUAUUUUGAUGUGUACACAGUCCCAGAUUUCUAUACAACCUUUUUUAACCAGCCCAUCAGGAACCUUGCCUCUAAAGCCUCAUUAAUAAUUCAGAUGUGCUGAUGACUUUAAAAGAUCUAUGGAAUUGAAGCUUAGGAAAAAAAAAAAAAACUCUGCUUGACAAAAAGAUAAAUGAAUGUAGAAAGAAGCUGUAGGAGUCUGGCAAGCUGUAGAUCAUCUCAGAACAGAUUGUAACUUUAUCAUUCUGUCAGGGGGAAUAAUUUAAAGCACUUAAUCAGUUAGCUUCACUGUGAGGAUGUAGCAUUAUGAAUUCCUAUCUUCCAAUCUGUUCAAAUCAAAGUGAACUUAAUUAUAAUAGGUGAGAGAGAGCCAGAGAGGAGAGAGAGGGUUGGAGAAUGAUCCAAGAGGCAGUAAGUGUCCUGGGGGGUAAACUGAGCAGCUGAACAAAGGGUAAUGAGUGAGCUUUCACCACACAUACCCUCAGACAGUGCAUUUGAAACAACAAGAGAAAGCAAGGACCAAGGGGAAACUAGCAGAAUGGUCACGAGCUGAUCAUAGGCAGUGAAUUUAUAGAUUAUUAGCCCAACAAGUGAAUACGUACACAUGCGUGCGUGCAUGCACACAAACACUCCUUGAUCAAGCCAGGUGAGCAGUUUUGGUUAACAAGUCAGUCCAGGGCCACUUAUAAGGCACUUAUGAAUUAUUUGAUGUAUAUAAAGAGAGACUUUGUCUCUAAAGCAGUGUGUAUGCUUGAGAGCAUUCAGCCCUUUUGCUUUUCUUUUCCCAAAGCCUCUAACACAAGCCAAAUGAUUCCUAACUUGGAAUGUCCUAUUCACUCAGUCUCUUCACAGCUAUGGUCUUCUCCCAGAAAAUGUAAGUCCUAAAAAGGGGUGGGGAAGAAGACCGUGUCUGGUUAACAGCACUGAACUGCUAAGGAUGCCAGGCCUUUUCCAUUCUCACCCCAGCCCCUCAGUGCCCUGACUCAGCAUUCUCUCUGUCCACUGCUUUUGCAUUUAGGGUGGAAAUGAAAUGCCAACACCUCAUCGAGCUCCCUUGUCGACAGCUUGGGUUAUUAUAUCGGUUAAGAUAUUGCCACCAGGAAUUCUUUUCAUAACUCUAUACCAACACAGAGUUUUCUUUCUUGAAAUAAAACCCAUCUCAAAAUCCUCUUCAAGCAGGAGUUGCUAUUUUGAUUUUCACUCCCGUUGGCCAGCAAAAUCUGUGGGCUUAAUUUAAAACACUCAAAACUGACUGCAAAAGAAACAGAAAAGAGAGAUAGUUGAGAUAAACUCUCAAGUAGGCUUGUUACAGGCAAAGCCAAGUAAAAGCUAGAAGGAGGAGAUCCUGAAUAACAUUCACGAUCACUCACUGUGUGGCAGGGACAAUGUCCCCAUGUUUCAGUCAAAUCAGUGGAUGCACAAAUCUCUCCUCAGGUGAAUGUCUAGACUCAUUGUUUGAUAUAUUCAGCGUCUCUUCCCCACCAAAGCUUUUCAGACCACUAAAGGAACUUGCCAGAGUUCAUCUCCCAACCCUUCCUUAUACUCUGAGGUCCAUCCAUGGUGCCUCCAAAUCCUAAAGGCCCAUUGGUUCAUCACUUGCUACAGGCGACAGAGGUAUGUUUCAGAUCCUGGGGUUCUCUCUCCUGCACUGUCUCUCUUAGCAAUUACUCACUGUCAGCUUCUAUUGAUUAACUUUUUGCAUUUUUCAAUGAUCUUUCCAAUGCCUUUACCCUAGCACUAAUUAAGCUUCUCAUUUCUCCUUCUUGUUCUCUAUCCAUUUUGCC